AUGGAAUCACACAAACCACUCUUCCCCCCUCACCCCAAAUCCCCCACGCCGCCUAACCCUAACCUCCACCCCCACCGAAAACCCCCCUGCCUUCCUCGUACCGCUCACCGAGCCCGCAGCACUACCACCACUGCUCCGCGACCCCUGCACAUACCGCACCAGCGCCUCCCGAGUCCCAGAAGCGAUGUCUGA